AUGCCGUCGCUAUAUGCAGCUGCCGGAACCCUUCCUAGUGGCUAUGUGGACCGGCUUGCAGCACGGCGACCUCGAUCGCUUGCCUCCUGGCCCUCCUGGCACAGGGCUAGCGGCUCCCCGGUAUCUGGUGCGACAUGGGCCAUCGGUGCUCUGACCCAGCGGCGACACGGAAUAGGUGGCAUGGCCGGCCAGGGAAACAGGAUCGUCUGUAGCGCGAACACUGGCUGCAUUCGCGACUUCGAGCACAACGGCCAUGGCUGUGAUUUCCGGUCGGCAGUACCUGGCGCUUCGAUCGCCAGUAUAUCCAUCUGGGAUCCCCAGGUGCCGUCUUGUCGCUUCCUUUCAGCAGCCGUCCGCGCUUUUCCACAGCCACUCCCGAAUCGGCCCUACGUCACUCUCCCAAGCACCAAACUCUCCUCCUUAGCAGCGGUACCCUCAGUCGCAGUGUUAUUGUCUAAUCAGCCUCUCCAAUUGGAGCAUAUCGUUCGCUCGUUCGCUGUAUCACCAAACAUCAAUAGCCGCGUGGAGCCUCUGCCCGAACCGGAGCGCAUCUUCUCUUCCCCUUAUCGCAAUCGCAGAUGA